AGACACUUGUAGAAGGAAACAUUCCAGUUAAAGCGUUAAUUGAUACAACAUCUAAAUCCAAUACCAUUAGCAAGAGCUUGUUCGAUAAGCUUGAAUUGAUCGGUGAAGAAAUAAAAGGCUUAGGAUUAGAUUGGUUAUGGAUGCGCAAAGCAGAAAUAAGCUUUGAAUAUCCUCCCAAAAUUUAUACUCGUCGUGCUAGGAUUGUAAUAGAUGAUAUGGGUAUUCCAUUAAUCGAAGAAAAUAACAGGCCCACAGGCGACUCUUCGAGUCAUAACGCCAGCCCCACUAAAAAUGACCCACCUAG